AUGGAGCAAGAAGGUGGAGUGCUAAAGGAAGGCUUCCUGGUGAAAAGGGGUCACAUUGUUCACAACUGGAAGGUGAGAUGGUUUGUAUUGAGACAGAAUACACUGCUGUAUUAUAAGCUUGCAGGGGGAAGGAAAGAGACUUCUCCUAAAGGCCAGAUCCUCUUGGAUGGCUGUACCAUCACGUGUCCCUGCCUGGAGUAUGAGAGUAGACCGCUUCUUAUUAAACUGAGGACCAGAACAUCCACAGACUACUUCUUGGAGGCCUGUUCCAGAGAAGAGAGAGAUGCUUGGGCCUUUGAGAUAACAGGUGCAAUUCAUGCCGGCCAGCCAGGAAAAGUCCAGCAGCUUCAUAUCAUGAAAAAUUCUUUCCAGCUCCCCUCUCACAUCAGUCUUCAUGAUAUAAUUGACAAGAUGCACGACAGCAGCUGUGGAAUACGCCCAUCACCCAACAUGGAACAGGGAAGCACCUACAAAAAGACCUUCCUGGGCUCUUCUCUGGUAGACUGGCUGAUCUCCAGUCAUUUUGCUGCUAGUCGGAUUGAAGCUGUCACUCUUGCCUCCAUGUUGAUGGAGGAGAACUUCCUUAAGCCCAUUGGAAACCGGAGCACUGAGGCUGUUCGCUCUGGGGAUUUAGUGGAGCAGUUCCUAGAUGAUUCCACAGCCCUGUAUAUUUUUACUGAAAGCUGUAAGAAGAAGACAAAUUCAAAGGAAGAAUUCAACUAUAGCACCACUGAACUGAGUGGCACAGUGAUUAAACAAGGCUAUUUAGCCAAGCAGGUAUAG